AGGUGCACAAGGUGCAUUGCAAGCAGGUGAUCGUUGAAAGUGAGCAAGAGCAUCAACAAUUGUGCCGUGGAUUAUGCAUUUUAGUGACAAGUACAAGAUAUAAUGAGUAAUUACUCAAUAAGUUUAGUACAAGAUAUAAUGAGUAAUUAUGUGCUCCACAUAAGUGAUCUUCACAUUGUUAACCUGGUUAGACCAUUGGAUGUCCUUUCAAUUCUACUCUUCCUAACCCGCAUCAGCGUGACAUACAUCUGGCAAGGUCACGGUGUUAAACGUUGUCCAUUUUCUAAUGGCUAUUAUUAAAACACAAACUUCAACAACAUUGAGUUGAUGAAGUACUAAUUCCCCACAAUGUUGUCCGAAUAUCUCCCCGUUCAAAUGGCUCGUGAACCUGCAUGUCUGAGUUUGACAUCGACAACCCAUGUCGUGAAUGAUCUUCAGCAAUAAGAGCGUUGCUAAUUGUGAUUUGAUUCCGCGUGUGCUUGUUGUACAAAUCAAACGCUCAAAGUGUUGACGUUUGACCGAAUAAAAAACAAAGCCCCACACGGACGUGAUCCUCGAUUUACCACACCUCCAAACGCGCGCCAUAAGGCCAAUUUUAACUGCAUGUUAUGAGUGUUUUUUGAGCGUGCACUUGACAUGGCGGCGCCUUCGAGGGCGUUCGUUUCUUUGAUGGACACAGUUGGAAUUGUUUCCUUAUUGUCUUUCACAAUCCGCACAGCAGCUGUCGGUCAAUGUGAAACCCUCGCUCCCCCCCUCCGGGGUCUACAUUCCCACAAACGAGCGCAUCGAUCAUUCCAUCUCUGACGUUUGUGAGGGUUUUUCGCAAUUAUUUAGCGGGUUUUUGUUGUGCGCGCAAUGAUGCCCAGAUGGCAUAAGAAAAGACCUUCAGCGAUCUCAGAUUCUGAAUUCGUGCAUCCUCUCUCUUUCUUCUAACAUUCGAUUCGUUGAUGUUGAGAUGACAUUAGAAAAAAGGCUUUAAGGCAUCAAAACGACCGUCACCACCUGCACCUGCAUCACAUUCGCGAUCAUCUGCCUUGCAUUAAGAUAUCACUUCGAUCUUCUCGAUCUUCUCAUCCAACGGCACAACUAAUCAUUCCCACAGAAGAUGGUACGACGAACGGUUGGCACGCGCCUGCCAGUGCUGAUGGCGUUUUUGCUGACGGCUUCUCCUCCCACCGACGCGCAACAGUUCCCCGUCUUCGAGACGCUGUUCGAUGAGGUGAGCCUGCUGGUGCGCACCGGCCCGAACGCUUCCGUGCCAAUACCGGAGGCGAAGCGGAUCCGCGACGAGUACGAUUUCGUCGUGAUUGGGGCCGGCUCGGGCGGUUCGGUGAUGGCCAACCGGUUAAGCGAAGUGCGCGACUGGAGCGUCCUGCUGCUCGAGGUGGGCAAGGAGGAGAACCUGAUCUCGAACGUUCCCCUCACCGCAGGACUCACAACGGCCACGGGUUACAGCUGGGGCUACCGGUCCGAUCCGAUGCGCAAUGCUUGCCGAGGGCUAGAGCAGGGCGUCUGUUACUGGCCGAAAGGGCGUGGGUUAGGUGGGACGAGCCUCAUAAACUUCCUGCUGUACGGUCGCGGUCACCAGCGCGACUACGACGAUUGGGAGCGGGCGGGCAACUACGGCUGGGGCUACCGGGACGUCCGGAGGUACUUCGAGAAGGCGGAGCAGAUCAAGGGCCAGCCGUACAACCCGCACGGCUAUCUGCACAUCGAGGAAAGCUCGUUCGAAACGCCAAUGCUGGGCAGGUACAUCGAGGCCGGCAAGCGGUUCGGCUACCGGCACAUCGAUCCGAACGAUCCGGUCCAGCUCGGGUUCUACAAGGCGCAGGCCACGAUGGUGAACGGAGAGCGAUGCAGUGCGGCCCGGGCCUACCUCAAACCGGUCGCUGAUCGGCCCAACCUGGACAUAUCGACCCGCUCCUGGGCCACCCGGAUUUUGAUCGAUCCCGUCACGAAAACGGCAUUCGGCGUGGAGUUCACCAAGAACAAGCGCCUGCACACGGUGCGCGUGCGCAAGGAAGUGAUACUGGCGGCGGGCGCGAUCGCUUCACCCCAGCUGCUGAUGCUGUCCGGCGUGGGGCCGCGGGAGCAUCUGCAGCAGCUCGACAUACCCGUCGUGAAGGAUCUGCGCGUCGGGUACAAUCUGCAGGACCACCAGACACUGUCCGGGCUGGUGUUCACCGUCAACCAGCCGGUAACGAUACGGGAGCGGGACAUGCGCCGACCGGCCCCCCUCCUGAGCUAUCUGUUCGCCCGCCGCGGUCCAUUCACCGUGCCGGGCGGGGCCGAAGGUAUCGCGUUCGUGAAGACGAACAACUCGCGCUCCCCCGAGGACUACCCGGACGUGGAGCUGGUGCUCGGGACGGGUGCGGUCAACAACGAUGAGUCCGGUUCGCUCCGGCACACGUUCGGGAUGACGCGCGAAUUCUACGACCGCUCGUUUGGGUCGGCCCGGGGACAGCACGCGUUCGGCAUUGCGCCGGUACUGAUGCGGCCGAAAAGUCGGGGCCGGGUGUGGCUGAAGAGCCGCAACCCGUUCCACUGGCCCCACAUGGAGGGGAACUUUUUCGACCAUCCGGACGAUCUGGCGACGAUGGUGGAGGGCAUUAGGCUGGCGGUGCGCAUUGGCGAGUCGGACAGCUUCGCCUCGUACGGUGCGCGGCUGCUUGGGACCCCGUUCUAUGGGUGUGAGGCGCAUCCGUUCCGGUCGGACGACUACUGGCGCUGCUGCUUGCGGCAGGUCGGUGCCAGCAUUCAGCACCAGUCCGGUACGUGCAAGAUGGGCCCGGCCAGCGAUCCGGACGCGGUCGUCGAUCCGGAACUGCGCGUGCACGGCGUCGGCGGGUUGCGCGUGGUGGACGCCUCCAUCUUCCCGGUCAUACCGGCGGCCCACACGAACGGGGUCGUCAUCAUGGUGGGCGAGAAGGCGGCCGACAUGGUGAAGGACUACUGGAACAAUCACAUAACGUGAGGGAGGAGGGAGGGGGGGAGAUAUAUGCUCUUUGCCGUUGCAAGCGGCGCCAAUCAAACUAGUCACGAUGGGUUACAAGUUUAAUGUUAUGUUUGAGGGAAAUCAAUGGUACAAUUUAGCAUUAAAUUAAGAAAACAAGAAAAAAAUAAAUAAAGUUUAAAUUAAUAAUUAUAAAAAUAGUUGUGCUUUAAGUCAAAAUUUAUCAUUUUAUAAUUAUGCUGAAGCCAAACAAA